CAAAAAUAACAACUUAAGGAAAAAAAAGAUAGCUCCAAUUUCCACUCCAAAUACAAAAACUAAUUGGAAACCUAUACACAAGGAAUAUAAGUAUUGUGUGUGUUGUGUGAUUUUUGUGUGUGAAAAAUGUCUUGGCAAACCUACGUGGAUGAACAUUUGAUGUGUGAAGUCGAAGGCGGCGGCCACCUUACGGCCGCCGCCAUCGUCGGCCACGACGGCUCCAUCUGGGCACAAAGCUCCAACUUCCCUAAGUUCAAAGCAGAGGAGAUGAAAGCCAUAUUGACUGAUUUUGAUCGGCCAGGACAUCUAGCCCCAGCAGGAUUAUUCCUUGGAGGAACAAAAUACAUGGUUAUCCAAGGAGAGGCUGGUGCUGUUAUUCGUGGAAAAAAGGGUUCAGGGGGAAUAACUAUCAAGAAGACAAACCAAUCUCUAUUGUUUGGUACAUAUGAGGAGCCAGUAACUCCUGGCCAAUGCAAUUUGGUUGUUGAGAGGUUAGGAGAUUAUCUCAUUGAUCAAGGCCUCUAGGUUGAUUACCUCUCCACAUACUACUAAAUUCACCCUAUCUAUUGUUUUGCUUUUUUACUUUUAUCUUCCCCUCAAGUAUGAGAAAAAUGGUGUUACAAUUUUUAGGACGUGGAAUUUGUUCUUAGAUAAUUUUUGACUAUAUACACGCACGAUGAUUUGUGUAUCAGGUUACUCUUUUUUACUUGAUCAAAAUGAGUAACAUCUUAUUCAUGUAUUAGUAAAGCAAAAGAGUCACGAGUUUCAUGUACAAGCCAUAUGAAAAUUUACUCAUCCCACAAUACUUCAAGUAAUAAAUCUUUGAAAAACUA